UCUACGCGCGCUGGAGAGAUUUGGCGUUCAGUUCCCCGAACGGAUGCUGGAUCGGGUUAUUGAGGGCGGAACUACUGCUAUUCAUGAACAACAGAAUGAAUCCGUACUCUAAGUAAAUGGUUACCGGUGACGGGAGUUGUGGGAAAGCUACUUUGGUGACGGUCACCGGCGCUUAAGAUCUCUAGGCUGCCGAAGAGAGAAACGCGACGCGGAGUUUGAGCGUUCAGCUGACAGGUGGACCGAUGCCGCCCGUUCAGAGAACUAUGUCGGAUCUCCGGACCCGAGCAGAUGGUUAUGAGAAAACAGAAGACACGUCUGAGAAAACCUCUCUAGCAGACCAGGAAGACUCCAGACUAAUAUUCAUCAGUCAGCCCCAGUUUACCAAAUUCUGCAGUAAUCGUGUUAGCACUGCAAAGUACAACUUCCUCACGUUCCUGCCUCGGUUCCUGUACUCUCAGUUCAGAAGAGCCGCAAACUCUUUCUUCCUGUUCAUCGCACUUCUGCAGCAAAUCCCUGAUGUGUCGCCGACGGGACGAUGGACAACGCUGGUGCCAUUGCUUUUCAUCCUGGUGGUUGCAGCGGUGAAGGAGAUCAUAGAAGAUCUGAAACGUCACAAUGCUGAUAAUGUUGUCAACAAGAAAGAGACACAAGUAUUGAGGAACGGCGCCUGGGAGAUUGUGCACUGGGAGAAGGUGUCUGUAGGAGAGAUAGUGCGAGCAGCCAAUGGAGAUCACCUCCCGGCCGACCUCAUCAUUCUGUCCUCCAGUGAACCUCAAGGAAUGUGCUACAUUGAGACUUCAAAUCUGGAUGGAGAAACCAAUCUCAAGAUCAGACAGGGUCUGACGAUCACCACAGACAUUAAGGACAUUGACGGUCUAAUGCGUCUCUCUGGACGGAUGGAGUGUGAGAGUCCAAACAGACACCUGUAUGAGUUUGUGGGUAAUAUUCGCCUGGAUGGACACGGCACCGUACCACUGGGUCCGGAUCAGAUCCUGCUUCGAGGAGCUCAACUCAGGAACACACAGUGGGUGCACGGCAUUGUGGUAUAUACAGGACACGAUACCAAACUCAUGCAGAACUCCACACGGCCUCCUCUGAAGCUCUCUAAUGUGGAGCGCAUUACCAAUUUCCAAAUCCUUGUGCUUUUCGGCUGUCUCUUGGCCAUUUCGCUGGUUUGCUCCAUCGGCCAAACCAUCUGGAAGUACCAGUUCGGCAAUGACGCCUGGUACAUGGACCUCAACUAUGGCGGAGCGGCUAAUUUUGGCCUCAAUUUCCUCACCUUCAUCAUCCUCUUCAAUAACCUGAUCCCCAUCAGUCUUCUGGUGACUUUGGAGGUCAUCAAGUUUGUCCAGGCUUUCUUCAUCAAUUGGGAUACUGACAUGCUGUAUGAAGCCACCAACACACCUGCUAUGGCCCGGACAUCAAACCUUAAUGAAGAGUUAGGACAGGUGAAGUACAUCUUCUCCGACAAGACGGGCACCCUGACCUGCAACGUCAUGCAGUUUAAGAAGUGCACGAUUGCAGGCGUGGCCUAUGGUCACGCGGCUGAAGUUGAGGAUGGUAGUUUUGCAGAGGACGACUGUCACAGUUCUCAGUCCACAGAGGAGACUGGAUUUAAUGACCCCAGCUUACUGGAAAACCUCCAAAGUAAUCAUCCCACUGCUCCGGUCAUUAUGGAGUUCAUGACCAUGAUGGCGAUCUGUCACACGGCUGUACCUGAACGCACUGACAACAGGAUCACUUAUCAGGCUGCUUCUCCAGAUGAAGGCGCUCUGGUUCGGGCAGCACAAAACCUGGGCUUCGUGUUUUCCGGCAGGACUCCAGACAGUGUUAUUGUGGAGUCGCUUGAAGCAGAGGAGAAAUAUGAAUUGCUGCAUGUCUUAGAAUUCACAAGUGCCAGGAAGAGGAUGUCGGUCAUCAUGCGAACUCCAGCAGGAAAAAUCCGCCUCUACUGUAAAGGAGCUGACACCGUGAUCUAUGAGCGAUUAGCAGACAGUUCCAGAUACAAGGACAUCACCCUCAAACACCUGGAGCAGUUCGCCACCGAGGGUCUACGCACACUGUGUUUCGCUGUGGCCGAUAUCUCAGAGUCGUCCUAUCAGCAGUGGCUGGAGGUUCAUCAUCGCGCCUCCACCUCAAUCCAAAACAGAGCCCUCAAGAUGGAGGAAAGCUAUGAGCUCAUAGAAAAGAACCUGCAGUUGCUGGGAGCCACGGCCAUUGAAGACAAACUUCAAGACAAAGUGCCAGAAACCAUCGAGACCCUCAUGAAGGCCGACAUUAAGAUCUGGAUCCUGACAGGAGACAAGCAGGAGACCGCCAUCAACAUAGGCCACUCCUGCAAGCUGCUCACGAAGAACAUGGGCCUGCUGGUGAUAAACGAGGACACCCUGGAUGGCACCAGGGAGACCCUCAGUCAUCACUGCGGGAUGCUGGGAGAUGCUCUGCACAAGGAGAAUGACUUUGCUCUCAUCAUUGAUGGAAAGACGCUCAAGUAUGCCCUCACUUUCGGAGCCCGCCAGUAUUUUCUGGACUUGGCACUGUCCUGCAAAGCUGUGAUUUGCUGCAGGGUUUCCCCUCUUCAGAAGUCUGAGGUGGUGGAGAUGGUGAAGAAGCAGGUGAAAGUGAUCACUCUGGCCAUCGGGGAUGGAGCCAAUGAUGUUGGGAUGAUCCAGACGGCCCAUGUGGGUGUUGGCAUCUCUGGAAAUGAAGGACUGCAGGCUGCCAACUCAUCAGAUUACUCCAUUGCCCAGUUCAAGUACUUGAAGAAUCUUCUACUGGUUCAUGGAGCUUGGAAUUACAACCGCGUGGCCAAGUGCAUCCUGUACUGCUUCUACAAAAACAUUGUGCUCUACAUUAUUGAGAUCUGGUUUGCAUUCGUGAAUGGUUUCUCUGGUCAGAUUCUGUUCGAGCGCUGGUGCAUCGGCCUCUACAAUGUGAUCUUCACAGCUUUGCCUCCUCUGACUCUGGGCAUCUUCGAGCGCUCCUGCAGAAAAGAGAACAUGCUGAAAUACCCCGAACUCUACAAAACCUCCCAGAAUGCAAUGGGAUUCAACACCAAGGUCUUCUGGGCUCAUUGUCUGAACGGCCUGUUUCACUCCGUCAUCCUCUUCUGGUUCCCUCUCAAGGCCUUCCAGCACGAUACGGUCUUUGGAAACGGAAAGACACCAGACUAUCUCCUGUUAGGCAACAUGGUUUAUACAUUCGUGGUGAUCACGGUGUGUCUGAAGGCCGGAUUGGAGACGUCGUCCUGGACUAUGUUCAGCCAUAUUGCCAUCUGGGGCAGCAUUGGAUUGUGGGUCGUCUUCUUUGGCAUCUACUCGUCUUUGUGGCCGCUGAUUCCACUGGCACCAGAUAUGUCAGGAGAGGCGGACAUGAUGUUUAGUUCUGGAGUAUUCUGGAUGGGCCUGAUCUUCAUUCCCAUCACCUCUCUGGUGUUUGACGUGGCCUACAAAGUCAUGAAGAAGGUGUGCUUCAAGACCCUAGUGGAUGAGGUGCAGGAGCUGGAGGCGCUGUCCAAAGACCCAGGAGCUGUGGUGCAUGGGAAGAGUUUGACGGAGAGAGCGCAGCUCCUGAAGAACGUCUUCAAGAAGAGCACCGUCAGUCUGUACCGCUCCGACUCCAUGCAGCAGAACCUGCUCCAUGGAUACGCUUUCUCCCAGGACGAGAACGGAGUGCUGUCCCAGUCUGAGGUCAUCAGGGCCUACGACACCACCAAACAGCGGACCAAUGAGUGGUGAGACCCGCCUCCUCCCAGCGCUCAACAUUUAAAAGGCCCAACCGAGAGCUGAAGCCUGGCAGUUUCACUUUGGCCAACCUGCGGGCUUCUGGGUAACAACCGAUACAAGAAAACGGUGUUGGACGGUGAACGCAAGCACUGUGCUAAGUAUAUUUUUGGGCCGGCCUGCGGUCAGUCUGGUUUCUGGUCUGUCAAAAUGGAGGAGAAAAGCGGAAAGAUUUGACUCUUGUCUCUCCUCCGCCAUUCCUUCGGCCAAAAAAAAAAAAUGUGGUGUUGAUGAAAGGUUUUUUUUGUUUGAUUGUUUUGUUUUUGACUGUGACUUCUUAAUCAUUAAUGACAUAUAACGCCCCCCUUUUUGUUUUCUUUUUUAUUUUAUUUGCGGUAGAAACGCAUCCCAGGUCGCCCGAUCCAAAGAACAUGAUGAAUGCGGUUCCUGUUUUAAAAGAGAAAAUGUGGUAACUAGGCGGUAGCUGGUUGUCUUUUACACUCCUUAAAUGCUCUCUGCACUACUUUGAUUCAGUUUUUGUUAGUCUAUCAAAGCCUUACAUUUGUUGUUGCCUUCAGCCAUUAGUGUUUGUUUAGUUUCUUUUUGAUGUUUAGUAGAGGGGUUUAUUUGUAUUUUUUGUUGUGUUUUUGUUUCAUUUUGUUUGUUUGUUUGUUUCAUUUAGGUUUGUUUUAGUUUUGUUGUUUAAUUCUUUUCAUGCUCUAUUUGUUUUUGAUUUUUGAUUUGUUUUUGGGUUUUUCUUGUUUAAUUUAUUUAGUUUGUUGCUUUUGUUUUAGUUUUUAUUUAGUCUUUUUGUUUUUUUAGUGUUGCUUUUGUUUUGAAUUUGGCUUGUUGUUUCAUGUUUUCUUUUUUGUUUGUUUUUGACUAUUUAGUUUUGUUUGUUUAUUUUAGAUGUUUUGUUUGUUCAAUUACUUUUUUGUACGUUUAUUUAUUUAUCUUUAUUUUUGUUUUAAGUUUAGCUUUGUUUUUUCAUUGUUUGUGUUUUUGUUUGUUUUUGACAUUAUUUAGUUUUGUUUUGUUUGUUUGUUUAUGUGUAAUUAAUAGUUUUUUUCUAUGUUUGUUUAUUUGUUUUACUUUAGUUUUUUCUUUUGAAUUUAGUUUUGUUUUUUCAUGUUUUGUGUUUUUGUUUGUUUUGUUUGUUUAUUUUAGAUCUUUUGUUUGUUUAAUGGCUCUUUUUGUAUGUUUGUUUUUGUUUUGUAGUUUUUUGCAUUAAAUUUACCUUUGUUUUUUCAUGUUUUGUGUUUUUUUUUUUGUUUUUGACUCUUUAUUUACUAUUGUUUUGUUUGUUUGUUUUCGAUGUUUUGUUUGUUUAAUGGCUUUUUGUAUGUUUGUUUGUUUUAUUUUAGUGCUUUGUUUGAAUUUAGCUUUCAGUUUUUUUCAUCUUUUUUUCAUCUUUUUUAGUUCAGUUUUGUUUGUUUAUUUUAGAUGUUUUGUUUGUUUAAUUACCUUUUUGUGUUUAUUUUUUUAAUUUAGCUUUGUUUUUUUCAUGUUUUGUGUUUUUGUUUGUUUUUGACCUUAUUUAGUGUAGUUUAGUCUGUUUAUUUUCAAUGUUUUGUUUGUUUAAUGGCUUUUUUGCAUAAUUGUUUAUUUGUUUUGUAGUUUUUUGUGUUUGAAUUUAGAUUUCUAUUGUUUUAUUAUUAUUUUUACUUAGUUAGUAUGUUUUCCAAUCACUCCGUUUUUCGUGCCUGAUUCUUCACAACUCAUAGCUUGCAUGUACAGUAUCUGCCUUUUAGUUAUUUUUUUCUUCGUCUUCUCUUUACACAAUCUGGCAACAAUUUGACAGCUUAUUUGAACAUGUUUCUGCAUUCCACAUCUUACACGGCUGCAAUGAUCACAAAGGUGCCUAACAGGAACUUUAUUUUUCCCCACCCUCUCUCCUCAGUGAGAUAGAUAGUAUUUCGGAAACUCUAGCUAUAGCACGCUUACACAUUAGACCAAAACAAUGAUGCAUCAGGCUGCUUUUAAAGCUCAGCUCAGCUCAGCCCCGUUUAUGCGUCCUGCUCAUCGUCAGAGGGUUUUAGACAAGAACCACAUGGUUUAUUUGACGCAGAACCGACCGAGUGUGAAUCCCUCAAACAUAAGUGCCAUUAGCGUAGAGCAGGAACGGAGGAUUUCGCCAGACCCACACAGUAUCGACACAACUUUUGUCUCUAUAUAGUUAUUUUGUGAAUUUGUAUUUUUAUAUUGGACUCGGUGUGACUUUUUUGGACUGAUCUGCUUUGUAAUGACGGCGUUGUUCCUCUUUUUGUUUUGUGGUUGAGAAAGUGGUCGUGGUUCAUGAGCUUCUGUCUUAUUAGCGCUCGUUUCUUUGAUGGUGGAGUUUGUGUGUUGGUUUUCUUCUCCCCGUGGGAGAGCACGUUUUGUAUUGUGUGUCUGCGCAGUGUGUGUCGUCUGCAUGUGCAUGUGUUGCGUGCGUGCGUGUGUGACUGCGUUGAAUGUUCAUUUGUAUGCACAUUGUCCAGCUAACUAUAUUCGAAUGGGUGUGUGUGCGUGUGUGUUUGGCUGUGCUUGUUUUGUUCGUCUGCACGACUCCAGGUAAACUAACGGUGAGCUGUAUGCUGAUGCAUGGCCCCGGUGUGUGCGAGAGAGUGUGUGUAUGUGUGAGAAGCUCUGCUAAAGCUCGACUGGAGAUGUUGCACAAUGCACUCUUUAUCUUUUAUGUGCUGAGUAAAUCUAGUUGAUAUCAGUUGCAGUAUUAUUUAUCUGAAUGGAUGUACUGUGCGUGUUCUUCCUUUAGUUUCAGAUCUCUUGUUUGACAGGCUUACUGUGAAUUUGGUUCCUGAAGCUGUGCUUUUGGCCGAGUGUCGUCCGACUCGUAGACACUGGACAUACAAGGUGACGUUGGUUAAAGGCGGCUCGGACUGUUGCUUUCUAAAAUCCCGUCUGAUUGCAUGAAUGGAAAAGUCGUCUGGGUUUUUUGGCCUAAAUGUUAAUUGUACGCUCUAGUGUUGGUCACUUUAAAGAAUGAAGAUGCACUUUUCUAUAAUUUCUCUAUUGGGUGUUUGAUUCGAUUCGGUUUCGUUUAUGUCUUUUUGGUUUAAUGAUUGUUUAGCAUGUUGGAACUGCAAACUUUUAAGUGUUUUGUCUUUUAACUGCCAUGAAGGACUACUGAAAUAAACUUUACAACUCAA